AUGUACAAUGUUCAGCAACUCGAUCCUGAUGUGCGAUGGCAUCAAGAACCGAUUAUUGACAUCGUUUUCUUUCAUGGACUAGCUGGUUCAGCAUUCAAAACUUGGCGACAAGAAUCUAUUCAAGCAGAUAUCAAAGCUGCAGAACUUCUGCCGUCUCCAGCACCCGACGGUGAAAAAUCAUCACCUGUCACUGAUGAACUUUCCGAAGAAGAAAGCGAUGAAGUCGCAGAUAUCGGUGAAGAAACCAACUGGAACAAAUCGAAAACAGCUGUCAGUAUUUCAACAUCGAAACUCGACGAACCACAAUCGUCGUCAUGUUGGCCAAAAGAUUGGUUGAGUAAAGACGUACCGACAUCACAUAUCCGCAUGCUAGGUGUCGAUUAUGAAUCGCGCGUUUCGGAAUGGCAGGUUCGUUCAAUGCCAAGAAAUGUUCUUCGACGAUCCAUGCACGACCGUGCACAAGAAAUAGCCGAACAAUUAAAGCAAGCCGGUGUCGGUAAACGACCAAUCAUAUGGGUGGCACAUUCCAUGGGCGGCUUACUGACAAAAUACAUCUUGACAAAUGAAGAAAAUGAAGAAUUGAAGUUGAACACACGCGCUUGUGUUUUCUUUUCCGUGCCACAUUUCGGUGCGGAAUUAGCUUCAUUCGGCAUUCGUCAUGCAUUUCUCGUUCGCCCAACUGUGGAAAUUGAAGAGUUACAGCCAAAUAGUACCAACCUCCUCAAUUUACACGAACGUUUCCUUGACGUAUUAAAAGCGCAUGACAAUAUCAAAGUUUUGAGUUUUGCUGAAAACGAAAAAACCACAUUUUCCUUACGUUAUCAAACAGUCGUUGUACCUUCGGAAAGUUCGCAAAUUAACAUCGGUAAAUUCUACAUUUUGAAUAAGAAUCACAUUUACAUAUGCAAACCGAAUUCUCGCACAACAAUCGAAUAUCAAGAAUUACUUGAUCUCAUUCAAACGAUUUACUUCGAACGGAAAAACGAACUCAAAACUGAACAGACCAGAGCUACGGAAGAAUUUCUCAAUAAUUUAUUCAUGUUUUCAUCACCGAUUGAAGAUGAUGUGCAAUAA